AUGACGUGCCACAGGCCACCCCCGGUGGCACAGCGGUGUGACGGACACAGCGGGGGCCCCUCCCUGAGCACUCUGGGAAUUGCAGAGGGCCCCGGGGCUGAAAUGGUGCUGCUGAGAGUGCUGGCUCUGUGCUGGGUGUUUGCGCCAGUCUGUGUCGAAGACUCUCCGCCAUGGUUCCAGAACAUCACCACAAGCCUGUUCAAAUCACCAGGGGACUUCCUCCUGGGGGGGCUUUUCCCCAUCAACGACCUCACCAGCAACCUCAGCGAGAGGCUGGAGCCCGAUGACAUCCACUGCAACAGCCUUAACCUGUUCGGGCUGGGCCUCUCCUUGGUGAUGAAAUUCGCCGUGGACGAGAUCAACGGCAACAACGAUCUGCUGCCGAACGUCAGGGUGGGCUUCGAGACCUUCGACACCUGCCGGCAGCCCGCCGUCAUCGUGAAGCCCACCAUGCUGUUCCUCACGCGGGGCUUCACGCAGCGCGUCAGCGUCAUGUGCAACUACACCGAGUACCCGACCCGCGUCAUGGCCGUCAUCGGACCCCAGACCUCCGACAUGACCUCGGUGGUGGGGAAACUCCUCGGCUUCUUUCUCAUGCCUCAGAUCAGCUACGGUGCCACCAGCGAGAAGUUCAGCGACAAGCGGCUGUACCCGUCGUUCCUGCGCACUGUACCCAGCGACAGCUGGCAGGCACAGGCCAUCAUCAGCCUGCUGGAGCACUUCAACUGGACGUGGGUGGCCAUGGUGGGGAGCGAGGACGAGUACGGGAAGCAGGGCCUGAGGGAGAUCUCCUCGCUGGCCGCACAGAGCUCCAUCUGCGUGGCCUACGAGGCCCUGAUCCCCGUCUACACCGACCCGCAGCCCGCCGUGGGGGAGAUCCUGCAGCGCAUCAACGAGACCCAGGUGUCCGUGGUGGUGGUCUUCGCCCUCUACAAGGCCGCCGUCAGCUUCUUCAAAGAAGCCAUCAAAAGGAACAUGACGUCGGUGUGGGUGGGCAGCACGUCCUGGGCUCUGCAUAACGAGGUGACCGGGCUGCGCGACAUUAAGACGGUGGGCACCAUGGUGGUCUUCGCCGACAAGACCCAGAAGCUGGGCCUGCUGGACAGCUACGCCGAGGAGCUCUUCAAAAGGCUGGAGACGGGCAGGAGGGACAGGAUGCGGCAGACCUCAUCGCCACCCAACCGGACGGCGCCCCCGUCUCUGUUCGACCCCUGUCCGGCGUGCUGGAACCUCUCCCUGGCCAACGCCACGCUCAUGACGGACCUGCUGGUGCAGCGUACCGCCUUCAGCGUGUACGCCGCUGUCUACAGCGUGGCACACGCAAUGCACCGCCUGCUGGGCUGCAAUGCCACCGCCUGCCAGAAGAGGGCCGACCACGACGUCUACCCCUGGCAGUUGCUGGAGGCGUUGAAGAAUGUCUCCUUCCAAAUAAACGGCACACAGCUGCAGUUUGACAGCAGUGGGAACCCCAACUUUGGCUACAAUGUCUUAACCUGGAACUGGGACAAACCUGACGUGACCUUCGUUGACAUCGGAAGUUACUACAAGACUCUGACUAUCAAUGAGAGCCAGAUAAAAUGGCACACGCCCAACUCCAAGGUACCUGAGUCCACCUGUUCUGCCAACUGCGCCCCUGGACAGGUGCGCCGCGUCAAAGGGUUCCACUCCUGCUGCUUCGACUGCAUCGAAUGCAAGGAAGGAACUUUCCAAAACCGCACGGAGGACAUCCAGUGCACUGACUGCCCCAAGGGACAGUGGUCUACCCCGAGCAGCACCAGCUGCACCCUGCCCACCUUCCACUUCCUGUCGUGGGGCUGCGCGGAGUCUCUGGCCAUGCUGCUGGCGGGGGCGGCGCUCCUGAGCUGCCAGGCCGCCGUGGGGGGGCUGUUCCUGCGCCACCGCGGGACCCCGCUGGUGCGCGCCGCGGGGGGGCCCCUGAGCGCCCUCACUCUCCUCAGCCUGGCGGGAGCUUGCGCCUGUCUGCUCCUCUUCCUGGGCGAGCCGGGCGACGCGGUGUGCCACCUGCAGCAGCCGCUCAACGCCCUCUUCCCCACCGUCGCCCUCUCCUGCAUCCUGGCCGUGUCGCUGCAGGUGGUCUGCGUGACGGAGUUCCCGAGUCAGGCCCCCUCCCACCUGGAUGCACUGCGGGGUCCAGGCAGCUGGCUGCUGGUGCUGGCGUCCUGUGGUGUGCAGGGGGGGCUCUGCGGCUGGUUCCUGCAGGAGGGCACCUCGCUGACCGCCCACCUGGCCAGCAUGGAGGUGACCUUCGUCAGUAAGUUUCUGCGCUGCCCUGUGCAGCCCAUGCUGGGCUUCGGCCUCAUGCUGGGCUUCAAUGGCCUGCUGGCCCUCGUCUCCUUCAUGUGCACCUUCAUGGCCCAGAGGCCGGCCAAGCAGUACAACCUGGCCCGGGACAUCACCUUCUCCACUCUGGUGUACUGCGUGGUGUGGGUGAUCUUCAUCCCCAUCUACACCGGCCUGGACGAUAAGGACAAGUCUAUCGCUCAGGUGACGGCCAGCCUGCUCAGCAAUCUGGGGAUACUGGCUUCCUACUUCUUUCCCAAGUGUCACCUGCUCCUGACCCAACCUGAGCUCAACACUGCAGAGUACUUCCGCACCUACCUGGAGGGCACCCCUCCCACACCCCAGGAAGAACAGGAGCAGUAA